UGCACCACAUUUACUGUUAUAAAAUAUUUAAGAGAUUGUAUUAUUUACGUCAUGGAUUUGUUCGGAUUUUUUUCAUAAAGAAAUUUUGCACGAUGAUCCUAAUAUACAUGAAAAUGAUAGCAAUCAAUAAGCUCUAUAAUAAUAUAGCGCAUGAUUAUAAAAAUAAAAAUUAAAAAAUAUUUUCUUUCUCAUUUUACUUACGAGUAAUUAUUUUAAACAAUAAAAAGUAUUAACAAGUUGUUUUUAUAUUUCUAUAUAUAUAUAUCACCACACAAUAUAACAUAACUAUAAUUAUAUAUAAUUUAACACUAAUUAAUGAACUUUGUAUUUGUUUUUUCUUGAUUGUAUUUUUUUAAAUAAAUCCAUUUCGUAGAACUAUAAAAAUUUAUUUCAAAAGUAUGUAGCUUUUUAAUAUUACUGAUUUAAUUCAACAACACAUUUCUUUCAUACUUCAGAGAGUGUCUUUUACCGUGGUUAGAGAACGACUGACCAAGAUUGCAAUCAAUAAACACUUUUGCGCAUGUCCCUAAACAUAAAAAGUAAUAAACAAUUUUCCCCAAGUAAUUUUUAUUGAUUUCCUUAUUACAGUACUUUAUUUUCAUCAGUGAUUUAUACGAAGUACUUCAGUUUGUAGUAGAUAGCAAUUAGAAUGAAUAAUGAAACAGUAAAUGAUAGUAUUUUUAUUCAGUUUGUUGGAGAAUCUCGUGAGAUACUUUUCCAUGGCUUCGACAAAUCGAGACUUUGCAAAACAUCAAUUUCUUUUUUCGAAUCGUUUGUUUAAGUUUUUAAGUAAUCAACGCCCGAAUCGAAACUCAAACGAUCAAUUGUUUCUAAUUUUGGCAAUAACUAUUUUUGUAGGACCAUUAAAUGUGAUACUGAUCCGAUUUCUCAUAAAUCGUUUUAAACUUGAUUAUGAACAAUUUAGCAAUCAGGAAGAAUUAAAUAUUUUGAAAAAGUAUAUUAACCAAAGCAGAUUCUAUGUCUAUGCUUUAAUAUUUUUCUUUGAUAUUAGCAGCUUUUUAAUAAUAUUUCCAUCAAUUUUCAAUGUAUUUCUGUAUUCUAUUGGUAAAUUGGAGGAUAAUCAAUUAACAUUACCUUUAAUUGACAAUAAUAUUGAUAAAGCUGGGAUGCUAUAUUAUAGUAUGCUUCUUUACCAAACAAUAGGGGUUUUAAUGAUAACAAUAGUUGGCAGUAUUGGUCUUUCAACAUUUUUAAUUUUCAUACAGCACGCUUGCUGUCAAUGUAGCAUUAUAAAAUUAAAAAUUCGUCAACCAUUUGAAAGGAAUCAAAAAUCAGGCCAAAAUACUAGGUAUUUUAGUACACAAACGGAAGAAAAUAAUUGGAUAAGCGAAAUUGUAAAUUAUCAUAGAAUAUCUCUUGAAUACUCGAGUUCUCGGUAUUAUUAGAAACUUUAAAAGACAAAAUAGAAUGCAUCAUUUAUGUAACUGGUUCAGUAUUUACGUUGUAUAUAAAUUUUUAUCUUGGACAAAGAUUGUUGAAUCAUAGUAAUGCAGUUCUUGAAGAAUUGUAAGGAAGUAAUAUGUAUAAUUUAAUAA